AUGGAGAUGCUGCGCGAUUACGGCCUGCUCGUCAACGGGUUCCGCCCGCUGUGGAAUGACCACCACGUUAUUCACUGCUUCAACAAAUGGUACAGGUCCAUUGCCUGCUCUGCAGACAGUACGGCCGAGGGUUACCAGGAGCCAUUCGGUAGUGUGCCCAUGAGCGAGAUCCGCCGCGCGAGCUGGGCCAGCAGCGUGCCACGGUGCCGCGACUUUCGCGCUCUUGUGCGAUGGGCUGAGGACCCGAUACGUGCCCUGCCCUUCCACUAUGAUUCGGGUCUUAACGUUACGGCUGUUUCUAGGUUGGAGGAGGAUUAG